CAAGAAAGAGCAAAUAUGAACUUUUUCCAUAAUCAGACGGCACAUCUGUACCAAAAAUCCUAUGGAGAAUUCAUGAAUGAUAGGGUUCCUAUAUGCUCGAUGACAGAUCUACACAGAGAGGCAUAUGGCAAUUCCAUGAAUGACCAGGUUCCUUUGAGCUCGAAGCACCUUCUGACCAAGAUCAAGGCUUUGUAUGCUAACACUCAAAAUCAUCAUGGUGGAGAAGGCACAAGUUCUAGAAAUCUGCAUCUUCAAACAAGUCAUAUGCUCCUUCAAGAUAUAAAGGGAGUAUACGAGUGUCAGCCAACCUCCCGUUUGGUGACAUUGUUUGAUAACUUGAGCUUCAGAGAGAGGCAUGAUAAUCCAAUCAUGCAGCAGCUAUCUGACGUUCCACGUGAUGAGAGAACUUUGUUUGUAACAUUUUCCAAUGGCUACCCACUGACCAAAGAUGAACUGCACGAUUUUUUCAUGAGGAAAUAUAAUUUGUAUGCUCGUGUGCAGCAUUAA